UUAACAGGAGAAGGAAGACAAGAAGAAAAAACAAAAGAGCUCCUGCAGGGGGAAGAAUUUUAGUUCAUUUUACCAAGAGUUCACCUGAAGACCCUCAGAGGACCAGUAUGGGCAGGACAUCCUAUUGUUGACUGGGAGUUUUAUGCUCACCUGGCUGUCAUGAUAACUUCACAGUGAACACCUUUUUUUGGUUGAAGCAUUAGUGGAGGAGCUGGGCUUGUAGAGAGAAAAAUGAUGAUUUCGAUGAACUUCCUGUCUGACUGACUGCGCAAUGGCCUCUUUUAAUUGGCCCCCAUAUUGGUCCAUUCAGUUUUUUGUUCUCCUCACAUUCUUGCUGCCAUGGUGCUGGACUCAGAUCAGCAAUCAGUUUGAAAUGUGCCGCUCCCGACGCAAUUCAGAGGUGGGGCCAGAAUGGAAGUUCUCCGCCUGUCAGCCCCCCGCAACCAACAUGAAGGAGUUCAUGCAGAUCAGAGUUGACCCGCCUGGGAUCACAUGUGGAAACCCACCUGAAAGAUUCUGCACACUGGAGAACCCUUACCUUUGCAGUGAUGAGUGUGACGCCUCCAGCCCUGACUUGUCUCACCCCCCUCAGCUGAUGGGAGACAAGGAGAGGGGUGGGCUCAUCACAUAUUGGCAGACGGUCACAUGGUCCAGGUAUCCUGAGCCCUUAAUGGCCAACAUCACUCUGUCGUGGAACAAGAGCCUCGAGGUGGUUGACGAUAUUAUCAUCACCUUUGAGUAUGGCCGACCGACCAGCAUGGUGCUGGAGAAAUCUAUGGACAAAGGAGCAACAUGGCAGCCCUAUCAGUACUAUGCUGAUGACUGUCUCGAAGCCUUUGGGAUGUCCCCUAAACAAGUUUCUGAUUUAGCACCAACAAACUUAACCCGAGUUGUCUGCACAGAGAAUUUUUCCCGCUGGGUUGGAGCCAAGGAGGAGAAGAAUGUGGUGUUUGAGGUGCGCGCUCGGUUCGGAGUGUUUGCUGGUCCAAAGCUCAUUAACAUGGAUGCUCUGUACACCCGAAUGGAGACCAUGAAAGGCCUCCGAGACUUCUUCACGUUCACCAACCUUCGACUGCGCCUCCUCCGUCCAGCGCUGGGAGGAACUUAUGUACAAAGAGACAACCUGCUCAAGUACUUCUAUGCUGUUUCCAACAUCGAUGUACCUGCCAGGUGUAAAUGUAACCUGCAUGCAUCUCGGUGUUUACUGCGCGAUGCAACACUGCAGUGUGAAUGUGACCACUACACAAUGGGACAAGACUGCCAACGCUGCAGUGGAGACUUCAGAUCCUCCAGCUGGAGACCAGGAUCAUACCUGCCCCUGCCCAGAGGCUCUGCCAACACCUGUAUGCACCAGCAAUUAUCUCCUCUAAACUGUGAGUGCAACGGUCACUCCAACCGCUGCAGCUACAUUGACUUCAUCAACGCUGUCACAUGUGUGAGCUGCAAACACAACACGAGAGGUCAGAAGUGUCAGUACUGUCGCUUGGGUUACUAUAAAAAUGCCUCGCUGCCUCUGGACCAUGAAAACAUCUGUGUGGAGUGCGACUGCAACGCAGACGGCAGCUCGUCUCCUCACUGUUCAGAUUCUGGUCUCUGUCCCUGUAAAGCUGGAGCCACGGGGAGGCGCUGUAACUCCUGCCUUCCUGGAUACACCUGGAGAGGAGGCGGAGCUCCAUGCACAGAGAAAGUGUGCGACGCAGAGGAAUUAAUUUGUCAGAAUGGUGGGACCUGCGUGAACUUCCAGCGUUGCAACUGUCCCGCUACCUUCACAGGUCAGCUCUGUGAGCAAAGCAUCUGUCUGAAGACAGGUGGCUGCAAAGAAAACUCUGAGAGCUCAUCCUCUUUGGUGACAUCACACCUUUACCUGCUGUCCCUCAGUCUGAUCACCUCCACCUUCAGCUGACUACACCCUCAUCACAAGCCGCGCCUUCCUAUGACAUCACGCAUUUUCCAGCUGUCUAAUCUCCGCCUUCUGUUGACCACGCCCUUAUUCUACA